UUACACAUUACUGGGAAUUUUUUUUUUUGGGGGGGGGUCUUGGGGGCGGUGGCAGGGGGCCCACCGUUAGGAGCACCAGCUUUGGUUCUGGGAAUCUAGCUGUGUCUAGUUCACACCUAACCCACUCCCAAAUACACAAGCAGCCGAACAAAGGAGUGGGCUGGCGCCGACUUUCUCCCGUCUCCUCCGAGAAAGCCCGAGCUCCCACUGAGGUGACACCUUGGGGACUUUGCCUUCUCCUUCCCCUCCCCCACGCUCUCGAGAACCGCUUCCUCUUCCACGCUGUUUCCCCCUUUAAGAGAGGGCUCCGCGGGACUAACGUUCGAAUCUGCCCUGUCUUCCGUCCUCAGCCUCUGAUUGGCUGGGAGACGCGCACGAGGGAGCGCGAGCUCUCCCCGAACCGGUCGGAACGGUCGCUAGUCCCGCCUGAUUGGCUGGCGCGAGAGGGCUAUAUAAAGCCGCCGGGUCGUCCGUCUCCUCUCAGUUAGCGGCGGGACUGGUUGCUAAGCUGCUGUGUCGUGUGUCGCGGCCGUGAGAAAGGGGGUCAGAGCUCGCGUCGUCGUUGUCCCGGUUGUUUGUUCAGUCGGUUUGGGCUGAGGGAGGAGCUGACGCGUCUCCGCCUCCGGCCCCACACCCUCACCGUUGACGGGACGAGAGGGUAGCCCAGGACGCGCCUCUCCCCUCGGCCUCCGUGAGUCAGACGCCCGAGAGCUGCGGAGGCGCCUGAGCAAGGAGGAUGGAGUUCAAGCUGGAGGCUCACCGGAUCGUCAGCAUCUCCCUGGGCAAGAUCUACAACUCGAGGGUUCAGCGCGGCGGCAUCAAACUCCACAAAAACCUGCUGGUGUCCUUGGUGCUACGCAGCGCCCGCCAGGUCUACUUGAGCGACCCCUGUCAAGGCGGCCUCUGCCUGGGUGGCCCGGGGGCUGGGGGACCCUCGCAGCCGCAGCCCCCGCCGCCACCGCAGCAGCAGCAGCAGCAGCAGCUUCCCGGGGAGCCGGCCCCGGGCUGGGGAGAUCCACUCCCGAGAGACAGCAGCAUGGAGCAGGACCCUGAGCCCGCCCUGGCCACCCUGGAGCCGCCUGCCCUGCCCCCAGGGCUCGGGAAGCGCCAGAUGGAGGGGUCGCCGCCGGUGAGAGCCGAGGCGGUGCCCGAAGCCCCGAGGCGCCGCGUGGAGGCGACGGAGACGGAGAGAAGUGGCUGCAGCGGCGCCGGCGGCGGGGGGGAAGGCGCCCCAGAGGGGCCGCCUCGGGCGCGGCACUGCUGUUGCCGCCGCUUUUGCUGCUCUCCCCCCGGAACCCCGCGGGCUGACUGCGGCUGUCGCCCGCGCUCGGACGAGGGGGCCCCGCAGCCGCCGCCCGUCUGCCCCCGUAAAAGGAGCGCCGCGGGGGUAGGGGUUGGCCCCGCGGGGUGCCAGGCUUCGGGCGGCUCCCCGGUUAAGAAACCCCGCAGGGACUCGGAGGAGCAGCCGGGCGAGGAGGAGGAGAUGGAGACCGGUAAUGUGGCCAAUCUCAUCACCAUCUUCGGCUCCAGCUUCUCGGGACUCUUGCGUAAAACCCCCGUGGGCGGCCGGGAGGACGAGGACGGCGAGGAGGAGGAGGAGGAGGAGGAGCCGCAGCGCGGUCCGGAAGCGGCGGAGCCCGGGCCGAUGUACUGCGAUAAGCCGGUGUUAAGAAACCUCAACCCCUGGAGCACUGCCAUCGUGGCCUUCUGAUUGCCCGGGCCCGGGCGGGGCGGGGGGAGGGGAGGAAGGGGUGGGCGCAGCUUGGCCCUGCCUCCGCCCCAGCAGAGCGGGCUCCGCCCCCGCCCCCGGCCCGUGGGGACCACCUGGAGCCGGCUGGGCAGCGGGACCUGUCCGGGGGCCGAGCAGCGGGACUCAGCCCACCCUCGCCGGGGCACCCCCGACACGCGGGGGGUCUUGUGUUAUAAAGCUGUUUUUUGUAAGUUUAUUGUUGAAGUAAGGCUUUUUUGUCACAGGGUUUCUUGUCCGGGGCUUGAGACACAGGGGGGAGGGGCGGGGCGGGCGGGGGGCGUGGAGCUGGGACUUUCCUCCACCGGCGGCUAGAAGGAAGCGGCCGCCCCGGGCCGGGGAGUCCCCCUCACUCUGGGGGAGGAAGGGACUUUUUACACACUCCUCGCUCACAUCCAGCCCGGAGCCCUGCUGGGGGCAAGAAUGCUCUUCUUCGGCUUUUCCUAAGGGGAGAGGGGUUCAGGCUGGAGCCGGCUCUUCCUCCGUCCCCUUUCCUCACCACCUCUUGUUCCCAGUGAAGAAUCUUCUUCCCUCGAGCUCAAACUUCGGGGGUGGGAGGGAAAAUUUCUUUUUGACAAAUUCCAUCCUCACCCUUCUCCCUCAACACCCUCCUAUCCCCAAUUUAAAAAAGCUUGAUAAGCUUCUUAGAAGAGAUCAAGCUUAGAAAUACUGAGUUUAUAAGGAAAUAUAUAUAUACAUAUAUAUAUUUUUAAAAGCUCUAGGUCAGAAUUAUUACACAGUGCUUUUAAAAAGUGUUUAAUGAAAAAGUUUACAGAUGCCCUAAUGGAAAGGCCUUAUGGCUUAGUAGAUUUGAUUACUCCCGUCUUUGUUGUAUAAAGGCUGGGAGAACUUGUAGAGUUUUUUGUACAGUAUUUUCUUCGUGUAUUGACUUUUUUUUUGUAUAAAAUGUAACUUUACGUGUCUAACACGUAUUAAAUAUUUUGAAUCAA